CCGGAGAGGAGACGAUAAUGACCUUCCACGGAGUGGCCGCGGACGGAGUAGGAGGGCCUUUGACACACUUGACGCUCAGGUGAAUUGUAGCCGGCAGACGGAGAAGCUCGUUGGUUAGUUUUGAGCGGGAGAUCGAGCGGAGCGCGUCUCGUGAGAGCAAGAAAGAGAGAGAGACAGAGAAAGAGGAAAAGAGAGAGAGAGAAACAGGGAAAGAGAGACAGAGAAAGGGAGACAGAACGAAGAUCGGAGGAGCCGGAUGAGGAGGACGUGACACGCGGACAUGUCGAUCGGAUCGGUUCGGGAGUGUGCGAGGUUUCGGGACAGUCUGAGGACCAGCCUAAUCGAAGCAUUGGUGCCCUAACACCGGACGGCCGGUCAGCGUCCCAUAUUAUCGAGCGUUCGAGGUCAGAUCUGGAGGGGCGACGGAAGUGCUGCUAGAUCCACGUGGUUCGGUGUCAAUCCUCGGCCGUGUAGCACACAGUGUUGACAACUGGUACACAUCAUCGAGAAAUUCGUCGUUCGUUCGGUUCCACCUUCGAGAAACCUAAUUUCCUUCCCGUCGAUCCUCGAGAUGCGGUCGAUGACAGUGUCGUUGCUUCUGUUGUGCGUCUGCACGGUGAACGCCGGCACGAGCUUCUUCAGCUUCAAGAACCUGAGAUCGUACGCGAAGAUCUUCCACGUGGACGGGAUGCUGAGGAACCAGACCGGCAACGAGCUCUGGGACGGGCUGUUCAGGGACUGCGACCAGUCGGUCACGUUCUCCUGCAUCCAGAGGAACGCGUACACAUAUCUGGACAACGCGUUCGCCGACCGGGACAAUAUCACCGUGUUCGACGGUCUGACCAUGAGGAAGAACAGCUUGGAUUACGGUUCCUGUCGCAGGGGGGACUCUUUGGACGACAACCUGGUCGAGGAGAGCAACGAUUGCGACGAAGGGGAAAGUGAGGAGCAGGGAAGGGGGAUGGGGGAGAAGCAGAAGACCCCGUUGGAGGAGGUGACCGGAGCUAUCGGGAAGAAAGCGGUGAAGUUCCUGGCGACUCGGGAUUACGAGAUCCAGUUGCCGGAGUUCUUCUUCGAAGGCGCUGCUGUGAAAAUUAGCCCGAAAGAGGUGGACGAGAGCGGGGCCUUGAUCAGGGUCGAUUUCGGGCAGCGGGCCUUGCAGAGCGAAGGGAGGAUCUUCAAGAAACUAAGGAAGUUCAUACAGAAUAAGCUGCUGACCAGCUUCCUCGCGCUGUUGUUGAUCAUCAAGCUGAUCAAACUGAAAUUCAUGUUCAUCAUACCGUUCCUGUUCGGAGUCGGCACCGCCAAGAAACUGUUCCUCAAGCUACUGUUGUUCUUCAUACCUGCGUUCGCGCACGUGUUCAAGCUGUGCUCGAGCUACUACUCCUCGCCCACCAAGUUCCAUCAUCAUCAUCACCAGAUCGCGCACCAUCAUCACCACGUCCCGGUCCCGGUGCCAGUGCCAGCCUACUACGGCCACCAUCAUCACCAUCACGACGAUGACCUGGACACCUUCGACUACGCUCACCCGCACAUACAAUACCGGAAGGACGUGGAGGAGCUGAAGGAAUGGGGGAUAGAGCCCUACGAGGAGCCAGAAGAGCCUAUGGGCGCCGCUGGAGUCCCGAUUAGAGCUCCCGGGGUGCUCCCAGCACCCUACCCGGGCCCGGCCUAUGCCGCAGCCUAUGGUGGCCCGCAAUACGCUGCAAAUCCUCCACAGUUAACGCCCACCUUCGUCGAUAAGCGUCCCGUGUCGGCGCACAACCUGGCCUACUCGGCCUACGUGGACAACAGCCGCCGACAAUUGGUCCAACAACCCGCGAGUCCUGGCAUCGGCAACAAUAAUCUGGUCGUCGGCGUUCCUGUGAACCCUGUGAACCCGAACAGCCUCGCGGCGGCAGCUCUGCCGGUUGCCAACACCGUGAAAAGCUCUUACGGUGUUUUCGGGCAGAACACAAGACAGAUUUCCGCGAAGAGCAGCGGCCAGCUGGAAGCGAAACCAACGGUUGGCCAACAGCGGCAAGACGAGUUCUACGGGCCGAUAGUGAACAGGCUCGAGGAGAUCUUCAAGCAGCUGAGAUUCUUCGAGGAAACCUGCAGGGAGAGGCUCGUCUGCAGCAUGUACAAGAACCCGGCCGUCUACUCGCCGCACAGCAAUCUCGUGUCGAACGAACUCUCCAGAGACCCGCAGGAGCUGAAAAAAGCUGUGGGCAUCGAAAGCUCGUCCGGCCAGAAGUUCCACAGAUACUUGAACGCCGCCAGAUUGGGUCAAGACGGCGGCGAUUGCCUGCGACUCUUCCCGUGUCACAUAAACACCGAGUAAACCUGGCCAGGAUUUUUGUCAUCGCGCGGAAAAUACGAGGAAAAACGGAGAAACCAGGCGCCCGUCCGGGCCGAGUGGCGAGCCUAAGUGGUCCAUCUCCGGCAGACAUAAUCGCGCGCUGUCAGUCUAAGCGGCCCAGAAUUAUUGCUGGAACCACCGGACAAAUGGAAAUUCCAUCUGCUGAUGGAUUUCGCGUAAUUCCACGUGCAAAACCGGUGUUACCCGUAUAAUAAUGGCCGCUUCGUUCGUGCUUCGCAAGUUUAGGAUCACUUUCCCGAACAAAUCUGGACAAUGACGCGUUCACUGCCGUGCCUAUCGCAAAUGGGAAACGCUAUACUUUCGUCAAAUUUCAUACAAAGAAAUCGAUUUUACGGAGAACAAUGUUAAUUCUCCGGUUUGUGGUUUGAUUACGUUGCUUUGUGGUAGUUGAAUUUUCCAGUGUUGCGACUUGGCAGUCGACGCGUCGAUUAACAGAAGAUCCCUCGAUUGUAGAUUAUAAAUUCGUAUGUUUAAACUAAUUCUUCUCGUUCGAGGAACUAUUCUCCGAUAUGUUUAGAUCGAUGGGAAUCGAUGCGGGGAUACUUCGAGCGAUCCUAAACUUUGCGAAUGAAAUUAGUAAAUGCGAACGAAGUGUUCCUUGCGUUCCUCGCGAGCUAUACUCGAUCAUUUUCGAACUGUAUAGAACAUUAAAUCGAAUGAGAAGGAUAGGAUCUCUCUCUUCGAUUUAGCUUCGAUUGUUAUCAUUGUAAACGUAAUUUAUUUCGGUAUGGGUGGAUUGUGGAUUUGAUACGAUGGCAUUUUCGAAAUCCAUCGAGCCCGGUUAAUUUAUUGAAACGUUAGCCCUUAGUUCUAGGUUCGAUUGUUAAGACACGGUGGAUUUAAACUCGUUCUCGAGAAGCGUUCUCUGAUGAAGUGUCAAUGCCGAUUGACACCUUGUCAGAGAAAUCACUGGAACGCUAGUCUAGUGCUGUGUUAUCGUUGCGUUAGGCUAGUGUCGAUUUUUCUAGUAAGUUCUCCCGGUUUUGUAACGAAAGUGAUACAGUCUUUUGUGUUUUCGUUUUCCUGUUUUUCUUUUUUUUUUGGUAAGCUGUUGAUUGAGUGUAACAGUUUCGAUUGUACAGUUUUGAGUGUGAGCAUAUCGUUUAUUUUUGGAUAUCAGUGGCUGCGAGGAUGAUCGCGUCUCGCAACGUUAUAGCUCUAAGAACUUAUUUAUUUCUAACCAUUAUUUAUUGAUACGUUCUCGGGUGCCAUACCCAUUAUUCGUGUGUUACAUUUCACGUUGUAACCCUGGUAACGUAAGUUUACUGUACAAAGAAAUGCUUCGAUAUACGCUACCUCGAAGUCUCAUUGUAUAUUAUUGUUUCGUACAUAAUAAACUGUGUGAAAAGUGAAA